AUGCUGCGGGCUUCUGGGAGAGCUGGCAUCACUGGCUGGAAGAGCGUUUGCAGCAGCGCCGCAUCCCAGCGCGAGGCGAAGCGGAAGCAGCUGCAGCUGGCGAUGGUGGAUCCGGCCACGCUGGCGCCCACUGUGCGCACGGUGGUCUUCCGCGGCUUCGCGCGGCUGGAGACCGAGAGCACCGAUGAGCAGGAGAGCUGCAUCAUGGUGCUCAUCAGUGACGAACGAGCCCAGAAGGUGAGGCACAUCCAGGAGGGCUUUCCCAACAGCCGGGUGGAGAUUUGCUGGCUCGACGAAGCCGGAGUGCAAUUCCGCAUCGCUGGACAGGCGCUGGUGGCCUGUGCUGACACCGCCGAUGAGGAGUUGCAGCAGCUGCGGCGCAAGGUGUGGCAGCGCUUGAAACCCAGCACUCGGCAGACCUUCUCCUGGCCACAGCCUGGCGCCAGCCUGCGGGCGGAGGUGAAGGCGCUCAAGGCAGAUGUCCUUGCGACGGAUGCAGGUGAGAUCGAUCUGCAGGUGGGCAGCUCAUUCGGUGUGGAGAAUGACAUUAGGUAUGAUGCACAUAGACUGGCGUUGGCUACCCAUGAGGGCCCAUGA